AUAAGAAGAUGGUCUACUUUGCAUACAACCACAUAGCUUUCGUCACUCUGUUGGCAUUUGUAGCCGUAAACGCAGUCAAAUCGACGGAUGUAACUGAAAUUCAAAGGAAGCUACACGAAAGUGAAUUUACCAUACGGGAUAUCAUUUUGUCGGUGAUAAGGGCAGAAAAAGAACUACAAAAACUUAAAGACAAGAUUCUUAAACAAAAUGAAAACUUACAAGCAGAAAUAGAAAAGUAUAUUGACUGCCUGGAAACUGCAUACAAAUACAAGUGGGGAGAGACAGCAUUUCACAGGAUCAUAAGUCGUCUGGAAACUGAGCAUAACGAGAAAUUAAGCACUACAAUGAAGUGUGUUGAACAAAAAGUCUCAACAUAUCAGGAAAAGAAGAAGCAGUUCCCCGUAGACAGAUGUCUCGAAAAUCCACCUUCAGUGAAUAAAGAAGAUCUGGAUCAGUUGAAUGAAGACAUAAACCGAGUAUUCACCUUGAAACACUGGAUUGGUGUUCAUAGUUUUUAUAUCAACCUAUACAAAACCCUAUUGAAGGUGUUGACAAGAAAUGGAGAACAAGUACCAGGAUCAAUAUUAGAGUUGACGUAAUGCUGAAUACAUGAAGAUUGUAGAAGCUUUCGUAAAUAUUGAUUUUAUUUUUAAUUAAAUAAAUUAAAUAAAUCACUUUUUCUGCUA